AUGAGCACUCAAGAGAAAUUGGCCAACAACCCGGUUAAUGGCUGGGUUGUCCAAAAAUUUGGUGGUACAAGUAUCGGAAAGUUCCCGUUAAAAAUCGCAGUCGAUGUUGCCAAAUCAUACUUGCAGAAAAAGCGUGUUGUUUUAGUCUGCUCUGCUCGUAGCACUGACACAAAGGCAGAAGGUACCACGAAUCGCUUGAUUCGCGCUGCCGAACAAGCCAUGAAACAACAUUCAACGUCCUAUGAUAUCGUUAAUGCCAUCGAACAGGAUCAUGUACAAGCAACUCAUGAGUUUAUCGGAGAUGUUAGUAUCCAAGAAAGAUUGUUCAAAGAAAUCCGUCAUGACUGUGCCGAAUUGGAGCAAUACUUAAACGCAAUCCGUAUUCUUACGGAAAUUUCUCCCCGUACCCGUGAUCUUGUUCUUGGUAUGGGUGAACGCUUGAGUUGUCGCUUUAUGGCUGGUGUCUUACAAGACCAAGGUGUCGAUGCCGAAUAUGUCGAUAUGUGUCAUAUCCUUGAUGAGCAUAAAGAGUGGAAAUCCCUCGAUGCAUCUUUUUAUAGCUAUGUCGCCAGCCAGUUAGCCAGCAAAGUCACUGUGCUUGGGAACAAGGUCCCUGUAGUAACUGGUUUCUUUGGUAUGAUUCCUGGUAGCUUGUUAUCUCAAAUCGGCCGCGGUUACACUGAUUUCUGUGCUGCCUUAUUAGCCGUUGGUUUGGCUGCAGAUGAAUUGCAAAUUUGGAAAGAAGUCGAUGGUAUCUUUACCGCCGAUCCUCGUAAGGUACCCACUGCCCGCUUGCUUCCUUUGAUUACUCCUGAAGAAGCCGCUGAAUUGACUUACUACGGUAGUGAAGUGAUUCAUCCUUUUACCAUGUCUCAGGUCAUUAGUGCUCGCAUUCCCAUUCGCAUCAAAAAUGUCGGCAAUCCUGGUGCACCUGGAACUGUGAUUUUCCCUGAUACCAUUUCUCGUCAUGGUAGUGCUACCCCCCCUCAUCCUCCCAAGAUUAUGCCUGAUGAUUUAGAAUACGAAUCAGCACACAAGGGUCCCACUGCUGUCACUAUCAAGGACACUAUUAUGGUAAUUAACAUUAAUUCCAACAGAAAAAUUUCUUCACAUGGAUUUUUGGCCUCUAUCUUUGCCAUUUUUGACAAGUAUAAACUUGCUGUCGACUUGAUUAUCACGUCCGAAGUUCACGUCUCUAUGGCCCUAAAUCAAGAGUCCGAUGAAGCUAGUUUACAAGAUGCUUUCGUCGAGUUGCGGCGUCUUGGUACCCUCGAUGUUUUGCACGGUAUGGGUAUUUUGUCUCUUGUAGGCAAACACAUGCGUAACGCAGUUGGCAUUUCUGGUCGCAUGUUUAACACCCUUGCUGAAGCCAAAAUCAACAUCGAAAUGAUAAGUCAAGGUGCUAGCGAAAUUAACAUUUCGUGUGUUAUUGAUGAGAAGAAUGCUGUGAAGGCUCUUAAUUGCAUCCAUAGGGAAUUGCUUGAGCCUUCUACACUUCCAGAGGUUCCCUCGCAUGCUUCCUUAGUCGUUGAGAAGCCAUGGCUUUACAGCGCCUAA